AUGUCGGGGCUCGACUUCAAGAAAAUGUUGCAGCAGUAUGCACACGAAGAGUCUGGAGUCUCUAAAGCUGGCGUUGCCCCGGCUCGCGUUCUGCGUCCACGAGCUCAAGCACAAUCAUCAUCCGUGGCAACGAUAUCGCAACAGGUCAAAAAUGGCAAACCUGAUCAAGCCGCUGGGCCAUCGAAAGAUUUACCUUCGUCAAGGCCAUCGAAGAAACGUAAAGCGCCAAGCAAGUACGCGCCUCCAUCCAAGUAUCAGCAUCUCAGUCCUCUUACCGACAUUCUCGCUCCGGACCUGAUCGCGGUUUUCGUGGGUACGAACCCUGGUAUACGCACUGCCGCUCAAGGACAUGCUUACGCACACCCGUCAAAUCAAUUUUGGAAGCUGCUUCAUUCAAGCGGCUGCACAGAUGAACGACUCCGUCCGGAACAAGAUAUCGAGCUGCCGGCUCGUUACCUUCUUGGUAAUACUAACAUUGUAGAACGACCUACCAAGGAUGCUGCCGAGCUCAGUAAGGCAGAGACGAGCGACGGCACGCCGGUACUGGAAGAGAAGUGCCGCAAAUGGCAACCUGAGUGUGUUUGCAUCGUUGGGAAGGGCAUAUGGGAGGCCAUCUUCCGCUAUCGUCACGGCAAGAAUCUUGCCAAGUCAGAGUUCCAUUGGGGCUGGCAGGACGAAGAUGAAAAUAUGGGACGUAUUGCUGCUGCUGGAGAGAAUGGAUACCAAGGUGCCAGGGUGUUUGUCACUACUAGUACGAGUGGACUUGCCGCAAGUCUGAAGCCCGCUGAGAAGGAAGCCAUCUGGAAACCAUUCGGAGAUUGGUGCAAACAGAGAAGGACCUCUCGAGAUUGGCCGCCUUCUUGA